AUGGGUGACAAUCAGAUAGAUCAAAUGAAGAGAAACGCUUUUACAAAAGCUGAAAUUGGGGAGAAGCAAAUCACUAAAGAAAUGACACAGGAUUCUGUGGGAUAUGCAGAUGUGGCCCUGGAAUUUACCCAGGAGGAGUGGAGUUUGCUGAAUUUUUCUCAAAGGAAACUUUACAGAGAUGUGAUGUUGGAAAUCUUACGUUAUCUGGUCUCAGCUCACAUGACCCGCGUGUCUCAAAAGCCUGUGAUGCGCAAAGCUGGGCUGCUCCCAACAGGACCUCACUGCUUACGCCCAGCACUGCUCCACUCAAGUCCUGCUCUGAAGACCAAGAGCACGUGGAGCGGGGACUGGAGGGGCUGGAGCCAGCUGUCCGGACUCAGGGGAGAUGCCGAGCCCAGACAUCCCAGAAGCCCUGACUCUGCCCUUCUAAGAUGCACCCUGUCCCCAGAGGACACACACGACAUUACCUGGGAAUGCACCAAGACACAGCCAGCCCACUCCAGGCCGAGUUGGACCAGCGUGGCUCCAGGAGAUGCCCCUUAUCGGGAGCAGCCCCGGCAUGACAAAGAGGCCUGCUCUGAGCAGGAGAGCCGGAGCAGGAGGCUUAGCUCUCAGCAGGGCCUCCUCCUUACUCAACAUAAAAAACAAUCUCACAAUGGAGAGAAAUGUAAAGAGUGUGGGAAAGCCUUUAGUUGUUCCUCACAACUCAGUGAACGUACAAGAUCUCACAGUGGAGUAAAGCCACAUGGUUGUAAGGAAUGUAGGAAAGACUUUCAUGUUCAGAGACAGCUCACUAAACAUAAGAGAACACACAGUGAAGACAGGCCUUAUGAGUGUAUGGAAUGUGGGAAAGCCUUCAAAUACUCCUCAGGCCUCAGUGCACAUAGAAAAUCACACAGUGGAGAGAAGCCUUAUGAAUGUGAUGAGUGUGGAAAAGCUUAUCGUUACUCCACAAACCUCAUUGCCCAUAAGCGAUCUCACAGUGCUGAGAGGCCUUAUGAAUGUAAGUUGUGUCGGAAAGCCUUUAGUUGUUCCUCAAAGCUCACUGAACAUACAAGAUCUCACAGUGGAGAAAAGCCACAUGGAUGUGAGGAAUGUGGGAAAGCCUUUCACCUUCAGACACAGCUCGCUCAACAUAAAAGAACACACAGUGAAGACAGGCCUUAUGUGUGUAAGGAAUGUGGGAAAGCCUUCAAAUACUCCAGAGUCCUCGAUGAACAUAAAAAAAUACACAGUGGAGAGAAACCUUACAAAUGUGAUGACUGUGGAAAAGUCUAUCGUCACUCCUCAACCCUCAUGACACUGCUAGCUCAACAUAAAAGAAUACACAGUGAAGACAGGCCUUAUGUGUGUAAGGAAUGUGGGAAAGCCUACAAAUACGCCUCAGGCCUCAGUGCACAUAAAAAAUCACACAGUGGAGAGAAGCCUUAUGAAUGUAAUGACUGUGGAAAAGCUUAUCAUUACUCCUCAAACCUCAUUGCCCAUGAAAAAUCUCACAGUGGAGAGACACCUUAUGAAUGUAAGGAAUGUGGGAAAGCCUUCACUCAUGCUGCAGCCCUGUCUUCUCAUACAAAAAUUCACAGUGGGGAGAGGCCGUAUGAGUGUAAGGAAUGUGGGAAAGCCUUUAUUACAUCCUAUAACCUCACUCAGCAUAUAAGAACUCACAGUGGAGAGAAGCCUUAUGAAUGUAAGGAAUGUGGGAAAACUUUUGCUCGGUCUGACACCCUUACUAAACAUAUCCGAUCUCACACUGGAGAGAAACCUUAUGAAUGUAAAGAGUGUGAGAAAGCCUUUAGUUGUUCCUCAAAGCUCACAGAACAUACAAGAUGUCACAGUGGAGUAAAGCCAUAUGGAUGUGAGAAAUGUGGAAAAGCCUUUCAUCUUCAGACACAGCUCACUCAACAUAAAAGAACACACAGUGGAGACAGGCCUUAUGAAUGUGAUGACUGUGGAAAAACCUUCAAAUACUCCUCAGGCCUCAAUGUACAUAAAAAAAUACACAGUGGCGAGAAGCCUUAUGAAUGUGAUGAAUGUGGAAAAUAUUCCAGUAGUGGCCCUGAGAGUCCCAGAACACUAGAUGUCAAUUUUCCAGCAGACGGUUGA